GAGAAAUAGAGAGAAGAGAAAGAAAGAAGAAGAAGAAGAAGAAGAUCUUAUAAGAGGAAGAAGAGGAGAGCAAGGUUAGGAAGCAAGAUAGAAGAGGAGAUUGAAGCUCUAGCUUAAGCUUUUAGGAGAUUGAGAUAAGAAAGCGGAAAAUAACAUGCAAGGGAAUUGGGAGGCUACUUCUAUGACAGGAUUUAUAGUGCCUGAGGUCCCAAAAGUGGUUGCUAAUGGUAUUCCUCAAGGUACUACAGGUUAUCCAGAAUUUUCAAAAUCCAAAACACCAGAAAUUCCAUAUAAGAAAGCGGAAAAUAACAUGCAAGGGAUUUGGGAGGCUACUUCUAUGACAGGAUUUAUGGUGCCUGAGGUCCCAAAGGUGGUCUCUAAUGGUAUUCCUCAAGGUACUACAGGUUAUCCAGAAUUUUCAAAAUCCAAAACACCAGAAAUUCCAGAUAAGAAAGCGGAAAAUAACAUGGAAGGGAUUUGGGAGGCUACUUCUAUGACAGGAUUUAUAGUGCCUGAGGUCCCAAAGGUGGUUGCUAAUGGUAUUCCUCAAGGUACUACAGGUUAUCCAGAAUUUUCAAAAUCCAAAACACCAGAAAUUCCGGAUAAGAAAGCGGAAAAUAACAUGCAAGGGAUUUGGGAGGCUACAUCUAUGACAGGAUUUAUAGUGCCUGAGGUCCCAAAAGUGGUUGCUAAUGGUAUUCCUCAAAGUACUACAGGUUGUCCAGAAUUUUCAAAAUCCAAACCACCAGAAAUUCCAGAUAAGAAAGCGGAAAAUAACAUGCAAGUGAUUUGGGAGGCUACUUCUAUGACAGGAUUUAUAGUGUCUGAGGUCCCAAAAGUGGUUGCUAAUGGUAUUCCUCAAGGUACUAUAGGUUAUCAAGAAUUUUCAAAAUCCAAAACACCUGAAAUUCUAGAUAAGAAAGCGGAAAAUAACAUGCAAGGGAUUUGGGAGGCUACUUCUAUGACAGGAUAUAUAGUGCCCGAGGUCCCAAAAGUGGUUGCUAAUGCCAUUCCCCAAGUUACUACAGUGCACCAAAGGUCAAGUAUGUCUAAUCGACCAAGUUUCUCAUGAGGUGUCAAUAUAGCCGGGAUGUCAGUUAUCAGAGUAUGCUUUAGCAUAUCAAUUUUGGUUUAAGAAAAACAUUAUGCUUUUCAAUCCUGGUUAAUAACUCGGUUUGAUUUUAAUACAACCUGCGACUUAAAAUUGUAAUUGGGCUGUUUCAAAUUGCUUCUGCUGGAUUCUGUUUCAUGCUUGUGUUGUUUUGUAUUGUUGAUAUGUUGUUUUUUAGUCCUGUGUUUUGACAGAUUUUUGUUAGCAUGUGCUAGUUUUGGUUUGGGUGUAGUUACUGUCUUUGACACUUUUGGCUUGUAUGUUUCUCUUUUGCUCGCCUUUUCA